AAUUUGAUUUCCUUUGACAUUUUUGUGUUAUAAUUAUUAUAAUUCAUUGAUUUUUUCUUCAUGUAGCGUAAGGUGGCAUGGAGACCCGAGGAUGAGGAAAAAGUAAAGAAAAUUUUUCACUUAAAAGCUUCUCACAGAUUGUCUGAUAUGUUUAAUGAAGCUCGGAAAGCAGGUAAAAGGCCACUUUGGGUUGGAGAAGAUGUGUGGAACAAUUGGUAGCCCAUUGGAAUUCAGCUGCUUUUCGAGUAAAGUCUACACAAGCCUCUCUAAAUCGACUGUCUGAAAAGGGUGGGACUCUUCAUACAGGUGGCUCAAUUACAGUUCAUGAUCAUGCCAAGCGCAUGGCAAAAGAAUUUGGUCGUUCAGUGCAUAUUGAUGAGGUCUUUCAACAGACCCAUAUACGAAAAGAUACUGGACAGUUUGUUGAUGAAAGAUCCAACAAAACAUAUGAAGAUUUUGUCAAUAAAUUUUCUCAAGCUAUGUCCGAGGCUGCAUCAUCUGUUGAUGAAUCACAUCCUAUGGACCCUGGUUUGGAGGAUACAAUUAGGUCUAAGUGUUGGUCUGAUGCAGUUGGUGGCAUGACCACUAAGGGGCGACUGUAUGGAGCUGGAGACCUUGCUCGUCAUUUAAAAGAUACACAAAGCAGUCGCGUCGACGUCAAUCUUAAAAGGAAAGCAUCUUGUAGCAGUUCACGUGACAAGGAAGAAAUUGGUCAAUUGAAACAACGACUUGCAGAAAAUGAUGUGCUUAUUCGUCAGUUGCAACAGAUUCAAUCAGUUGUCAUGCAAUUCUUACCCACUGAAGCACAAACUACCAUUCAAAAUAUUUGUCAACAACAAAAUACCAACUUAGAUCAACAAAAUGGGGAACAACAUCAAAACCAACAAGAAGAAGAUGACCAAGACAAAAAUCAACAAGACUCUCCUAAUUAUGAAGAUUAUUAGUUAGCAU